GGAGUAAAUUAAGUGUAAUUGUGUGGCGCUAUGCAUGUCAAAUUUGAUAUAUUUUUAAGUGAGAUGAUGUUUCAUAGCGAUCAAUUGACCCUUCCAUUAAUGAAAUAUUCAGCGGUGACUGUAUAAUUUGCAAACGAUUCAUAAUUAAGAAUGCGUAAAAAUAAAAUUCUAAUAAAUUACACAAUUAUAACACAGUAAACUUGACCAUAUGUAUUGACAAAAUUAUAUUAAAUAAAAUACCUGUGAAUACAUUAAUGAUAAAUUUACAAGGUUUUCUUUUAAAAAAUGCUUUAUAUCUUAUAUGCUGUGUCAUUUAUCAACUGUAAUUUAAUACCAUUAAAAUGCAUGACUGUAAGAACUGUGUAAUAUACAAACAUGCGCUGGCUAUUAUUCAGGGAUGGUUGUACUCAUGGUGAACCAUCUCAAGAAAGCUGAUCUUACUUUAUUACAGCUUCCAAAACAGUUCGUCCAGGGCAAAUAUAUAGUGUGACAGUUACAGUAUUUAGAUCACCUUCGCCGAUCACUGUUAGAGCUUCAAUACAGAGAGAUGGGGUAGAACUUUCAUCUGCAACACAGGAAUGCCGAUCAAAGAUCCCAGAAACUCUUCUUUUGAAGGUGCCACCAACUAGCCUUUUGGGUUUAUACCGAUUAAAAGUUGAAGGUGAUGUGCACGGAAUACUUGGUGGCAGAGCUUUUUAUAAUGAAACUGAUCUUCAUUACUCACAGCGAUCAAUGACUAUUUUUAUACAGACUGAUAAACCCAUUUAUAUGCAAGGAGAAACUGUAUAUUUUCGAGCAAUUCCAGUCACAACAGAUUUAAAAUCUUUUUCUGAUGCAAUUGAUGUUUUCAUACUAGAUCCUAGAGGUACCAUAAUGCGUAGAUGGUUAUCUAGACAAACUAAUCUUGGUGCAGUUAGUUUGUUUUAUCAAUUAUCUCAACAACCAUUCUUUGGCAAUUGGACAAUCAAAGUUGUUGCACAAGGUCAAGUUGAGGAAAAAAACAUUUAUGUUGAAGAAUAUUAUCAGACUCCAUUUGAGGUAAAUGUGACUUUGCCACCUUUUAUUUUGGAAAACCAACAAAUAAUAACUGGAAGUGUGACAGCAAAUUACACAAGCGGAGCUCCAGUUUAUGGAAAUUUAACAGUCAAAGCUAGUAUUGAGUCAUUACACUCACAUAGACAUUAUGGGCAACUUCCAGAAACAAAACUAUUCAUAAAUUAUUUUGAAGGCCAUGUGGAUUUUAAACUGCCGAUAAGCGAUCUUCGAAAGAUGAUGUCUCAUCUAGAUAAUUCAAAGUUGUUUGUGAUAGUUGAAGUUGGAGAGCGCUUUUUAAAUCAGAUACAGGUUGGAUUUGCUCAAUCCAUUAUAUUCAAGUCUAAUAUAAAAUUGAAGUUUCUUGGAUCAAGUCCACAAGUUUUUAAACCUACUAUGCCUUUCAAGUGUUAUGUAGCUGUUUCCUACUAUGAUGGAUCCCCUUUACCUGCUUGGAGAUUAAAUGAUCAGAAGCUGGAGCUUACAACAUUAAUCUUUUUCAAAAAUGGAGGACAAAGAGAACUGGAAACACAGUAUGAGCAGAUGAGUCCAGUUCAGUUUGGAAUAUGGGAAAUUACCAUUGAUCUGUUGUCAAGUUUUGGUUCUCUGAAAUCUCUGAAUGACAUAUAUUCUAUCUCACUUGAGGCUAAAUAUACAGAUGAUGAUGGAGAAAGAGCAAGUGCAAACCUGCUUGCUUAUGCUUCUUUCACUCCUAGUAAUCGUCAUAUUCAAGUGACAACUAGUACAAAAAGUCCCAGAGUAGGAGAGUAUAUUAUCUUUCAUGUCAGAGCUGAUUACUAUGUUGAACAGUUUUCAUACUUGAUUAUGUCUAAAGGCAUAAUUUUAUUAUCUGGUGUUGAAGAAAUGCCUGCUAGCAUCAAAACAUUUGCUGUUUCUUUGUCUUCUGAAAUGGCUCCAACAGCUACUAUUGUAGUUUAUGAUAUAGCAAGAGAAGGAGAAAUAGUUGCAGAUAGCUUGAAGUUUCCUGUUGAUGGCAUCUCUAAGAAUAAUUUCACUGUAAUGCUGAAUAACAAGAAAGACAAAACGGGAGAAACAAUAGAAGUCAUCGUGAAAGGACAGCCUGGAACAUAUGUUGGGCUUUCUGCUGUUGACCAUGUUCUUCACAACAUGAGGACAGGAAGUGACUUAAGUCCUGCUGAGGUUUUGGAAAAGAUGAAUACAUUUGAUGAAAACAGAAACAGCACUCUAACAUUUUCAUGGAAGUCUCGUGGCGGUAGUUCCAAUCAGUUUGUUCACUUUCCUUCUUCUUCAUAUGGAAUAGAUGCUAGUCAAAUUUUUCAAUUUACUGGUUUAAUAGUUUUUACUGAUGCUCACAUUCCUAAGCGUCAAGAUGGCUGCAGUGAAACUUCUAAAUAUUCAGCUUGCAUGGAUGGAACUUGUUAUAGAAGUCAGAAACAUUGUGAUGGGUAUCGAGAUUGUGCUGAUGGCUCUGAUGAGAGUGGCUGUCCUCCUCAAAAUCAGAUAAACAUUCCUGAGUUUCAGCGUACAAGAAUUAACAGGAUUAAAAAAAUGUAUGAUAAUACUUGGAUGUGGAGGGAUGUAAACAUAGGACCACUUGGGCAUUACAUAUUCAAUAUACCUGUUCCUGCUGCACCUACAUCAUGGAUAAUUACUGCAUUUGGAAUGAAUAGUGCUAAUGGAUUUGGUUUACUUCAAAGUCCUGUACAGUUUUCUUUCACCAAACCUUUUUCUAUGGUAGUUGAAAUGCCUUCUAAAUGCAAUUUUGGAGAACAGAUAGGAAUUAGAAUCACUAUCUUCAACUACUUUCAUCUUGAAAUAGAAGCUGUUAUAGUCUUAGGAAUCUCACCACAUUAUAAGUUUGUCCAUGUUGAACCAUUUGGUGAUGUUAAAUCUUAUGACCCACGGACAUCAUCUGAGGAGCAUCAUCAUCUAAUUUUUAUAAAGUCUGGGAAAUCUGCAGUUGUUUACAUGCCAAUUGUUGCAACUAUUAUUGGUGUUGCGAAUGUCACAAUUAUGGCCAAGUCACAGAUUGCUAAAGAAAUUGAAACUAGGACUUUGACUAUAGAGGCUCCAGGAAUACCACAGUAUAGACACACAAGUUUUUUACUAGAUUUAACUCAAGGAGCAUAUUUAAUGAAAUAUUUAGAUACAAAUGUUACAGAGUCACCAAUUGUGCCUUACCGUGAUGACCGCCUAUAUAUUUUUGGAUCUAAUAAAGCUACUGUAUCUGUAACAGGUGAUAACAUUGGAGCAGUAUUUCCUGCUAUGCCUGUAAAUUCUUCAAAUUUGUUGAAAAAACCUGAUUGGUGUGGAGAACAAAAUAUGUUUAAUUUUGCUGCAAAUCUGUAUAUGUUGCUGUAUCUGAGGCUAUCUGGUCAAAGACACUUACAGACUGAGAAGCUGGUUUUUAAAUAUUUAAAUAUUGGUUACCAAAGGCAAUUGAGCUAUCAACUUAGCGAUGGCUCCUUUUCACCCUUUCAAUGGGAUGCAUAUCCUAGUGUGUGGCUGACUGCAUUUUGUGCUAGAAUAUUUCACAAAGCAUCAUUCCAAGAGUGGGAAAACUUUUUAUAUAUAGAUCCUACUGUUAUAUACAAAGCUGUAUCAUGGCUUGUGGAUCACCAAACAUAUGAAGGUGCAUUCUAUGAGACAACUUUAUAUCCAAUGGAUCGAAAAAUGAAACUGACAUCUGGUCGUUCGAAAGAUUCUACUAAAUAUCGUAAUAUUACACUUACUGCACAUGUGCUCAUAACAUUAGCUGAAAUAACUGAUUUGAGUGGGGAUAUUGGUGCUAAAGCAGCAAGAGCAAAACGGAGUGCUCAGAGAUACCUUGAGAAAAUGCUUCACACCGUCAAGGAAUCAAAAGAUCCAUAUGAAAUAGCUAUUGUUUCAUAUGCUUUGACACUAGUAAAUAGCAUUGAUGGUGAAGCCGCAUUUAAUAUCUUAGAUAGUAAAAUGAGAGAAUCAGCUGGAUUGCGAUAUUGGAGCAAAGAUUAUGUACCUCCACUUUUAUCAAAAGUUGAAAACAAUAGGCCUUAUGUCGUUCCUCGUUUGCCUCACAAGUAUGAUGCUUUAAAUGUGGAAACCACUGCGUAUGCUUUGCUGGUACAUGUGAAGCGCCAUGCUGUUAUUCAGAAAGAAAUUGUGGCAUGGUUAAAUACUCAAAGAUCAACAGAUGGAGGAUGGGCUUCAACUCAGGAUACAAUAGUUGCAAUGCAAGCUCUCAUAGAAUAUGCUAUACAGUCUCGCUUGAGAGAUGUCAUGGAUGUUACUGUUACAAUUGAGUAUCCUGCAACAGGGUUCUCAAAGCAUAUUCAAAUUGAUGAUAAUAAUUUCUCUGAUUUGCAAACACUUGAAAUACCUGAAGCUCAUGGUGCAAUAAUAGUCAAAGCUCAAGGGUCAGGCUUAGCACUCAUUCAACUUUCAGUUCAAUACAAUGUUGAUCGAAAGCAUUUAAUGACACCUCCUCCUAUACCUGCUUUUAACCUUGAAAUAAAACCAUAUUUUUCUGGCCGUAAUAGGUCUCAUAUCACUAUCAAAUCCUGUCAAAGCUGGACUUUGCAAUCUGAAAGUAAAGUUAGUGGAAUGGCUGUAUUAGAAGUUGGCAUACCAACAGGUUAUAUAAUUGAACAGCAUGAACUUCAUGGAUAUGUACGCUCCCAUAUAGUUCGCAAUUUAAGAGAAGCUCGUUUUGAAGAAGGCAAAGUGACAUUUUAUUUUGAAUAUCUUGAUAUAGCACCAAUAUGUGUGACAUUUACUGUACAGCGAUGGUAUCCAGUUGCGAAUCUGACCCAGUAUUUACCUGCUAAAGUAUAUGAUUAUUAUUCUCCAGAGAGAUAUAAUGAAACUAUGAUGGAUAUGUAUAGUCUAUUUGUGCUCAAUAUAUGCCAAGUUUGUGGAUCAUAUCAGUGUCCAUAUUGUCCUGUCUUCAGUUCAUCAUUCACCCUAUGCACAAAUACAUAUUUAUUGCUUCUUUCUAUAGCAACAUCAACAUUAUUUCUGCUAUGGUGUAUAUAGACUUUUAAAUACUGUAUUUAUAAAAUUAUGAAUAAUUACUCCUUCAUUGGAGUUGAUAAGUAUAUGCCAUAUUGAACUGUUUUUGUAAUAUAUUAUAAUUAUGUACCAUUGAAAAAAGUGGGCAGUAUUCUGAGAAAACAGAUCUGAUGAAUAUUAUUUCAUACUGAAAUAAACCAUUAGUGAUUUUUUUUUUCCUUUGAGAGAAAAUGUAUAAAGCUAAUUGUAUAAAUUUUUACUCAUUUGUUGACACUUAAAUGAUACAUUUUCCUUUAUGUAAAUAUAUUUUGUAUGUAAUAAAGCCAUGCUACUUGUGUGAGAAAGAAUAUUCAGAUAUUUUGCAAUUUUCUUUUAUUUUAAAGAAAAAUUUACUGCUAGAUAAUGUUUUAUGAACAUUUUAUUCAUAAAUGUAUGUUUAUUUUUAGUUUAGUUGUAAAUACAAUGAAGAUUUAUAGUUAUGUAUGAAAUAUUAGGAUGUAUGUAACUCAAAGUCAUACUUUAUUUUUAUUAUAAAAGUACCGAUUAUGUAUUUUACUUAAAAUUGUGUCAAAUCUCAAAAAAACUUAUAAUGAAUGUUUCUCAAUGCAUUAAGAAUGCAACUGAUGUAUAUAACUGUAUUAACUGUUUAUUCUUUCAUGAUUUAUGUAAAUUUUUUUGCCACCAGUUUUAUGGGGCACUUUCCUUUAUAAAGUAACUGUAUACUUC